CCCGACCACACCACACUAGUCCCAUCUUUAACCUAUCUGCAAACACACACACUCUCUCUCUCUCUCUUCUUAAAUAACACAACAAUAAUAAUAACCAAGUGAUUCUCUCCCCCGUGAUCUGCCUAUAAAUCCACCAAGCACACACUCAAAGGACACAGUCACAUAUAGAUUAAAAAUGUCAAUGGAAAUGAUGGCAACGGAACGUGUUUGUUAUGUUCACUGCAACUUCUGCAACACCAUUCUAGCGGUUAGUGUUCCAUACAACAGUUUGCUAACCAUAGUGACGGUUAGAUGUGGACAUUGCGCUAAUUUGCUAUCAGUUAACAUGGGAGCAUCCCUUCAACCAUUUCCUCCUCAAGACCCUCAGUCACAGAAACAGCACCUAAGCUUUGAAGAACCCAGCAGCAAGGAACUGGGAUCCUCAUCUUCAAAAUGUAACAAAAUAGCGCCAUUUGAGGCAGUAGAGCAUGAACAACCAAGGAUUCCUCCCAUUCGUCCUACAGAGAAGAGACAUCGUGUGCCUUCUGCUUAUAAUCGAUUCAUUAAGGAGGAAAUCCAAAGGAUUAAGGCUAGUAAUCCAGAUAUCAGCCACAGGGAGGCUUUCAGCUCCGCAGCCAAAAACUGGGCACAUUUCCCUCACAUUCACUUUGGGUUAAAGCUGGAUGGUAACAGUCAAGGAAAGUUGGAGCAGGGAGAAGGAGGUGAAAAGACCAAUGGAUUCUACUGAUAUAAAUGGAAGCCUGUGAGUAUGAGCUUGUUUUUUUCAUGCUUGACCUAAAUCAGUGAAAAUGAGGUUGAUCAAAUUUCCCAAUCGUACAACUGGAUGGGAGACUCCUGCAAAUUAACCUCACCCUCUCUCACCAAUGUUUAAUAGUACAUGUAUUGCCCUUUUCUAUAUAAUAGAUAUAUCGUUGUUAUGAAAUGAUUGCCAUUCUUGUGAUUGCAUUUAUUGUGUUGAAUUUGAGCCCUUAAGUAAACAACACGUUCCUCUAUAUAUCAUAAUGAUGAUGAUGCUUCUUCAAUCA